AUGGAGAACGAGCCCAACAUCCGCACCGAUUUCGGCCGUCCCGUCGUCUUCUUCGAUUCUCACCCCGAGGAGCAAGAAUCAUACCUCUACUCUUACUGGUCGAGCUUCAAGUCCAACCUGAAAAUCGCCUGGACCGGUGACGUCCCCAAGUUCCACGAACUCGGCGUCCUGCGCAUAUACUUCUACACACAGGAGGGCAACAUCGGCCACAAGGACUACGAGCUCCGCGAAUACGAGAAGGUGAAGGAGGAUUGGCAGAAGGUCUUGGAGCUGCCGGAAGUCAGGAGAGCAGUGGUGAUGGGCUACUCGGGGCAGAACCCGUAUACGCUGGGCCACAACCCGUGGGUAGAGAAGUUCAAGAAGGAUAAGCGGAAUCAGGAAAGGGCGGAGGCGCAGAGGAAGAAGCAGGAUGCGCUGAGGGCGGAAAGAAAGAAGACUUUAGCCGCGGAGAAUCUGAUUGAUUUUGAUGAUAUUAUUGCGCAGACUGAGGAAGCGGAGGUGCAGAGGGAGAUUAAGGAGAAGGAGAGGCGGCGGGAGAGGGAAGGUUCCGAAGAACAUGACCGCUUGCUGUACGAUGUCUGA